GUUAGCGUCUCGAGAUGUCGAUUCGCUUUUAGUCAUUAAAGGGCGCGUAAUUUUUGUUGUUUAAUUUAUAGCUUCAAACAUAUUUGUAUUAGUUUGGAGUUGAUAAUACAUUAGCGCAAACAUUUGCGUCGUAGUCCAAAGGUUACGUUGAGGAGCAUUUUAUUCAUGGAUUCUUUCUAUGUACAGAUUCAUAUGUGUUUAGCGAACAAAGUCUGAAGUUCAGAUUCAGUUUCUCCCAGGCGCAUUCCGACGGUAGUGUACUAUUACUGUCUGCGGUUGACGUAGCGUGUCGUCUGCUACCUAAUCGCUACGGUAACUUCGGAAAAAUCAACGUAAUUGGUCUAUAGUAUGAAAGGUAUUGUCAUUAUACUGAUAUCCAAUUCUGACCUGUGAACACUAUUAAUCAACGUAAGAUACUUCAAUCUCCGGCGCUAUUAUCAGAGCGUAAGCUGAAUUUUUAAGUUAAAGUUAUCGUUAGAGAGGUUCCUUGUAUAAAUUAUUGGAAAAAUAAGAGUGUUUGUAUCUUCUGGAAAUAAUAAUUUUGCCGCCCACUGCCGACUCGCCGAAAGGUUUCCUUCCAGUGUUUAACGUGUUUAGUAUCCGUUGUUUCCACAGUGAGCGACGUGCAAUGGCAUUGAACUCAUUCUGUAAUUAAAAUGGCACAAAAACAACUUUAUGUCAGAUGCAAGCUGAAAAUUCCACCAGCACCACACCGAGUAAACGUGAGGUUCAAAAGGUUUCUGGCCUCAGAUACGGAAUAUCAGUUUCUACAACAGAGUAAAAUUCCUACUUAUCACUUUCAACCUUCACUACCGAGACUUCCAGUUCCUAAACUUGAAGAUACUUGUGCUCGAUACUUGGCUGCUCAGCAGCCGUUAUUGCUACAGAAUGAGUUUGAAAUGACAAAAAAGUAUGUCAGUGAUUUUGCUGCAAAAGAAGGCAAACAACUGCAUGAAGAACUAAAAGAAACAGACAAUAGAAACAAACAUACAAGUUACAUAUCUGAACCUUGGUCUGAUAUGUAUUUGAAGGACAGAGUUCCGUUGCCCAUAAAUUACAAUCCAUUAAUUGUAUAUGUGAAUGAAGAAAACAGUGAAUACAACACACAAGUUAUAAGAGCUUCUAACCUACUUAUCUCUUCAUUGAGGUUUAUGAGGUCUUUAAAAACAGAAACUCUUGACCCAGAAGUAUUUCACCUAAAUCCAAAGAAGAGUGAUACAGAUCUCUUCCGAAGAGUGUGUCGUCUUCUUCCAUCAUCAGUGUCUUGGUAUGGGGCUUACAUGUUUAAGGCCUACCCAUUAGACAUGAUUCAGUACAGUAGUUUAUUCAAUUCCACCCGGAUACCUGGUACUGGAAAGGACAGCCUCUUCAAAAAUGAGGCUGCAAAACACAUCUUGGUUAUGAAGGGUGGAAAUUUUUAUACUUUUGACGUACUGGAUAGAGAUGGGAACAUACUAAACCCAUCAGAUAUAUUUACAUGUGUAAAAUAUAUAGCUGAGCAUCAGGCUCCAGCUUCUUCAUAUCCUGUUGGGAUUCUCACAACAGAAAACAGAGAUGUUUGGGCCAAAGCAAGAAAACAUCUGGAAGCUAUAGGGAAUGCAGAUGUCUUAAAAUUAAUAGAUUCCAGUAUUUUUAAUUUGGUGUUGGAUGAUGUUAGUGUUGCUGAUGACAAAAAAUACAUGAUGCAGUGUCUUCUACAUGGUGAUGGUAGGAACAGAUGGUUUGACAAAUCAUUCUCCCUUCUUUUUUCCAAAGAUGGAGUAGCAGCAAUAAACUUUGAACACUCUUGGGGAGACGGUGUUGCAGUGCUUCGUUACUUAACCGAUGUAUUCAAGGACAGUAGUACAAAACCGAGGAUUCAUCCUGAUACUACAGUGUCCAACUGUGAACCAGAGAAAAUGGUGAAAAUGUUAGAUUUCAAACUUGAUGACAAAGCAAAACAUGACAUACAGUCAGCAGCAGAGACAUAUGAAAAGUUCUACAAAUCUUUAAAUUUUAAUAUUCUUGAAUUUCCUGGAUUUGGGAAGAAGAUUUGUAAAGCUCAUCGUGUAAGCCCAGAUUCAAUAAUGCAACUUGGAUUCCAGGUUGCUUUUCAUCGCCAGAACAGUCAUUUUGCUGCUACUUACGAGUCUUGCAGUACUGCUGCUUUCAAGCAUGGUCGUACGGAGACAGUCAGGCCUUGCACAAUGGCCACUAAGGCAUUCUGUGAGGCUAUUAACAAUCAACAGAGGCCAAAUAAUUCUGAACUGAGGUCACUUAUCGAAAAAUGUUCCGAAGUACAUGGGAAACUUACAAGAGAAGCAGCUAUGGGGCAGGGAUUUGACAGACAUCUAUUUGCAUUACGCAGACUUGCAGAAAACAAAGGACAUGUACCAUCAGUAUUUGCUGAUGAAGCAUAUCAGAAAAUCAAUAAAAAUAUCCUUUCCACGUCUACGCUUUCAUCAGAUAUUGUUAUGGCUGGUGCUUUUGGACCUGUGGUUAAAAAUGGAUAUGGAAUUGGGUAUAGCAUUUCUGAUGAUCGUCUUGGAAGUGUUGUAACUACAUAUGCUCAAGAGAGAGACGGCUCAGACUUUGUUUCUUGCCUGAAGACAGCAUUUGAAGACAUUUAUAGUGUUCUUGUUAAGAGUAAACAAUAGUUGCCUACCAGUUCAAUAUCUGUUUAAUAACUUCUGCAGUAAGAUAUUUUUCAUUGUACAAUUUAUAAUUUUUAUGUGUUAAUGUAUUGAGAAGGAAUUCUUUAUUUUUUAAUUUAUUUGUUUUUUAGUUUGUGUAGUUGGUUUUGUCUGAUUAGAGGAUAGAAAAUAUUCAUGAAUGCUUUUAUUAGGUAUUUUCUGUCUGUUUUGUUACCCUUGAUUUGUUAGUUCCAUCAUAUUAUUUGAAUAAAAACGAUGAAAUUUCAUAAUA